AUGUUAGAUUUGGAGGGUAAACUCGCUAAAUGCUCAGCCAGCUUUGCCCAUCAAAGAUUGAAGCCGGAUAUGUUCAGUAAUUCUAUGGGACUCUGGGCAGAAUUUGAAGCGACCGUCGGACUGAGAGAAGAAGGGAAUCGCCCAGAAGGAUGGGCGGCAUCGGCCUGCACAACAGAACAAGGCCCGCUACUGACUUUGUUGAUAGGGGGAACACACUCGAAGAGUCAACAAAUAAAAAGCGCAGAGUCCGCUUCGAAGAACCCAAAGUCUGAUCUUAUAAAGCAGCGAAUAUAUCCGGAACCAACAUUCUCUCCCAGCAAACAUGACUCUGCGCCAAGAAGUAUAUCAACUUUUAGCAUGAGGCUUACAGGCCGUUACAAGAUAGCCUACGAGCCCUUAAUAGAUGGCCAUUACCGGCUUGAAAUCCCCUCUUGGCCUUGCAUUCGGCUACGGUUCAACCCUAGAGAGAAUCCCGGGCAACACCGGAAGGUAGGCCCUGACUAA